AUGGACUUGAAGGAUUUUUAUCUGCUGGCUGCACUAGUAGCCUGCUUAUGGCUGGAUCCAGCCAUAGCACAAGAACUCAUCUAUCCCAUUCGAGAGGAGUUGCAAGAGAAUGUGCUCAUUGGAAACAUACCAAAGGACUUGAACAUCUCCCACACACAUCCGACCACCGGAGCCAGUGCGAACCUGGUCUACCGGCUGGUGUCGAAAGCAGGGGACAAUCCCUUGCUCAGAGUAGUGAGCAACACGGGAGAGAUCUUCACCACCUCAAACCGCAUCGAUCGGGAGAAGCUCUGCCCCGGCUCGUCCUACGAGGAAAGCGAGUGCUCGUUCGAGAUCGAGGUGGUCAUUCUGCCCAACGACUACUUCAGGCUGAUCAAGAUCAAGAUUGUUGUCAAGGACACCAACGACAAUGCGCCCAUGUUCCCGUCGCCGGUGAUCAACAUCUCCAUUCCGGAGAACACGCUGAUCAACAGCCGCUUCGCCAUCCCCUCCGCCACGGACCCCGACACCGGACCUAACAGCGUGCACAAGUACGAGCUGGUGAACGGCCAGAGUGCCUUCGGGCUGGACAUCGUGGAGACGCCGGAGGGGGAGAAGUGGCCGCAGCUGAUUGUGCAGCAGAAUCUGGACAGAGAACAGAAGGACACGUACGUCAUGAAAAUCAAAGUGGAAGACGGAGGCAAUCCCCAGAAGUCGAGCACAGCCAUCCUUCAGGUGACAGUAACUGAUGUCAAUGACAACCGGCCAGUGUUCAAGGAGAGUCAAAUUGAGGUCCAUAUUCCGGAGAAUUCCCCCAUCGGGACCUCUGUGAUCCAGCUCCAAGCCACUGAUGCAGAUAUCGGUGCCAAUGCUGAGAUAAGGUAUAUGUUCGGGACUCAGGUGUCCCCAGCCACUAAACGACUCUUUGCACUGAACUCGACCUCGGGCCUUAUAACAGUGCAGAGGCCGCUGGACCGAGAGGAGACAGCCAUCCAUAAGCUAUCCGUGUUAGCGAGUGAUGGAAGCUCAAGUCCAGCCAGGGCCACAGUGACCAUCAAUGUGACUGACGUCAAUGACAACCCCCCGAACAUUGACCUCCGAUACAUCAUUAGUCCCAUCAAUGGCACCGUUCGCCUGUCGGAGAAGGACCCUAUUAACACAAAGAUUGCCCUCAUUACCGUGUCAGACAAGGAUACAGACGUAAAUGGCAAAGUCAUCUGCUUCAUUGAAAAAGAUGUGCCGUUUCACCUCAAAGCCGUCUAUGACAACCAGUACUUGUUAGAGACCUCUGCUUUGCUGGACUACGAGGGCACGAAGGAGUAUAACUUCAAAAUCGUGGCGUCUGACUCAGGCAAGCCGAGCUUAAAUCAGACAGCCCUGGUGAGGGUGAGGAUAGAGGAUGAAAACGACAACCCGCCCAUCUUCAGCCAGCCUGUCAUCGAGCUGACCGUGAAGGAGAAUAACAAACGGGACUUAUUUCUCACCACCAUCAGUGCCACCGACGAGGACAGCGGGAAAAACGCCGAGAUCGUUUACCAGCUGGGUCCGAACGCGUCCUUCUUUGACCUGGACCGCAAGACGGGUCAGCUGACGGCGUCCAGGGUGUUUGACCGCGAGGACCAAGAGCGGUUUCUCUUCACCAUCACGGCGCGAGACAACGGCACCCCUCCGCUGCAGAGCCAGGCUGCGGUGAUCGUGACCGUGCUGGACGAGAACGACAACAGCCCCAAGUUCACCCACAACCACUUCCAGUUUUUCGUCUCCGAGAACCUGCCCAAGUACAGCACGGUGGGGGUGAUCACCGUGACGGACGCAGACGCCGGGGAGAACGCCGCCGUGUCCCUCUCCAUCCUCAACGACAACGAAAACUUCAUCCUCGACCCGUACAGCGGAGUUAUCAAAUCCAACGUGUCUUUCGACCGCGAGCAGCAGAGCUCGUACACGUUCGACGUGAGGGCCGUGGACAACGGGCGUCCCCCGUGCUCCUCGGCCGCCAAAGUGACCAUCAACGUCAUCGACGUCAACGACAACGUGCCCGUGGUGCUGUCCCCGCAGUCCAACACGUCGUUCAAACUGGUGCCUCUCUCGGCCAUCCCGGGAUCGGUGGUGGCCGAGGUGUUUGCCGUCGAUGGGGACACGGGCAUGAACGCGGAGCUCAAAUACACCAUCGUCAGUGGCAACAACAAGGGACUGUUCCGGAUUGACCCGGUGACAGGCAACAUCACCUUAGAGGAAAAGCCCUCUAUGUUAGACAUUGGCCUUCACAGGCUGGUGGUCAAUAUCAGUGACCUGGGCUACCCACGCUCCUUACACACACUGGUCUUAGUUUUCCUCUACGUCAACGACACAGUAGGAAAUUCCAGCUACAUAUACGAGCUCAUCCGGCGUAAAAUUGAGACCCCCAUCGACCGGUCCAUUGUGGACACCAGUGAGACCUACCAGAGCGGGGACUACCUGACAAUCAUGAUAGCCAUCGUAGCGGGGGCCAUGGUGGUGAUCGUGGUGAUCUUCGUCACUAUCCUCGUGCGCUGUCGGCACGCGUCGCGCUUCAAGGCGGCGCAGCGCAAGAAGCAGGGCGCCGAGUGGAUGUCGCCCAACACGGAGAACAAACAGAACAAGAAGAAAAAGCGCAAGAAGAGGAAGUCGCCCAAGAGCUCGCUGCUGAACUUUGUCACCAUCGAGGAGAACAAGCCGGACGACCCCGCCCACGAGCCCAUCAACGGCACCAUCAGCCUCCCGGCCGAGCUCGAGGAGCCGGGCAUCGGCCGUUUCGACUGGAACACCGCGCCCACCACCACCUUCAAGCCCAGCAGCCCCGACCUGGCCCGGCACUACAAGUCCGCCUCGCCGCAGUCCGCCUUCCACCUCAAGGCGGACACGCCGGUGUCGGUCAAGAAGCACCACGUCAUCCAGGAGCUGCCGCUGGACAACACCUUCGUCGGCGGCUGCGACACGCUCUCCAAGCGCUCCUCCACGAGCUCGGACCACUUCAGUGCCUCGGAAUGCAGCUCCCAAGGAGGUUUCAAGACAAAGGGCCCCUUGCACAACAGACAGGUAAAGGAGCACUUUUACUGGUCUAUAAGCAGUGCGUAUAAUUGCUCUGUGCCACAGUACUGA